AUGGUGAUUAAAGCAAAGAAGAGUUGUGAACCGGCCGUAAAAGGAGACCGCGGGGUGGUCAGCGCAGUUCCGGAGGUGGCUGCUGCUAUCGUGGACAAAUGCUGCAGCGUCGAAAUGAGUGGACCGGUGUGUUUUUGCGCGAAUCUCCCUAAUCUACGACGUCUCUUCGUCGAAGCUCGCACCGAAGCUGAGGAGAACGAGUACUCCCGAACUGCCUUCUACAAUCUGGUGUUUUACAUCUCCUCUGUUGCCGUGUUCAGUCUGGUUGCCCAGCGCAUGAGUGGUGGCAAGAUCCAUAAAUGA